AUGGCACAAAAGCUCGACUUGGGUCAAUCCACUCUGCGAAUCCGAGAUUCAAGGUUGCAGCUUCGCCUGGCCGCAUCAGCUCAUUUCACAAAGCUACCAAGCCAUGGAGCCCCCCAGAUACCAAUUGAUCUCUCAGACUUUUCAAAUGUUGAAAGUGUAUGGAUAACAGAGGCACCAGGGCUGGAGUUGCGCUUCUUCAUUGGGGGAAAUUGGGAUCGCAAUGAAGCAGCGGCAUUCAUCUCGAAAUUGAGGGGCAAACUCUGUGAUAUGGAGAUCUGGUCGGACCUGGGAUUCUCAGUUGAGCUCAAGACGGGUGCACGCGAAUAUUGCGUUGACACUUCUGGUAUCCACUGCCUCCAACUUGGCCUGCGCAGAGAGUGCCGAAUGCGGAAUCACACGACAGGUCGGACUUUACCCAGUAUGAUGGCCAGUCCCCCAGACGCGUGUCCCCCGCCCGGUGUACCUGUAGCUACCUUGGCUUCAAUUGAUAUUCGGCUGGAGUAUUGCUUCCAAGCCAAGGAUAUGCCAGAAGCCCAGGACUGUUCCAAGUCGGAGGUUGGUCUGCUUGGACAAGAAUCAUCAUUUUUCCCUGGCCCUCAAAUGCUACAGUCAAUGACAGGAGUCGCAAUCCUACAGGAAGUGCACGAGGUUUCCUCUGAAGCUCUUGGAUCGAAAUUUUCUUGCAUAUCUGGAGAUGAAUCAGACCCAUCAUGUGAGGAACUCUUCCGACUCUUCGACAUUGGAAUCCAAAGACUGGUCAUUUCCAACUCGAUCAAAGAUCCCACAAUUUGGGUCUCACAACAGGCCACGAUCAAGAGCCUCGCAGAUAUCUCUCCCGCCGUGUUUGAUCCUGGAUACCGCGAUGCGAUGGACCAGCGAGGAGUCACAAUUCCAAUAAUCACAAAAGCCAUAUCGUCCAUGUUGGCAGGAAACAAGGAUCCAUCCACCCAAGCUAAAUUAGUAGGGUUGUUAGAGCUCACUCGCUCCCACCAAACGGAUGAGUUGACGAUACGGCCUCAACUUCCAAGUUGUGGGACUGCAGUCCUCUCAUCACUUUGGCGUGUCGCCCAGAAAAAUGUACCCAAGAUAAAACCCAUCAAAAGACGAGCGACGCUGUCGACAGAGUGUCUAUUCACUGGACUGACUGGAUCAAAUGAGACGGUGCGUCGCAUGUCCACGAACCAGCAACAAUCCGACAACGGAAAUCCGGCAUUGGGUCGUUCUUUCCAAACACAAUAUCACAACGAGAAUGAAGGAAGUGACGUAUGUCUGCUGAACAGCGAAUCAGAGGACCAACUUUUAGACAAUUUUAGCGAAACAAGCUUCACAGACAUCGGGGAUUCGACUCAAACUUCCCUUGAUACGUCGCUCUCAACAAUUGGGUCUUCACAAACUUCUUUCGGUGACCAUGACCCUAUGCUUCUCUCGAAUCAUGGCGAAUUGGUGGAUUAUCUGGGAAACUAUAUGAUGGAUUAUGAUGAUAUGGAGGCAUACGAUACGGACAUUAUAAUGGCUGAUUACCUUUAG